CUCCGCCGCCGGCUCCCGAUCUGAUUCCUGAUCCUUGAUUCCUUGAUCCUUGGUCCUGCCAUGGGAGCCUGAGCGCCCCCAUUCCCCCCUGGCCCCCAGCCCCCGGGGCCUUGAGGGGGAAGAGGCAGCGGUCGGGGACGGAGCAGGGGGUGACCAGACUCAAGAACCCCCCCUCAACAUCCCCCAUCGCGCGCGCUGCCUGUCCGGGAGCGCCGAGUUCGGAGAGACCCGGAGCGCUGCGGAUACAAAGGCGACGGGCCGAGCGGGGCGCCCGCGGAGCCCACCCGGCAGUUCGCAGCGGCGGGAGCGUCGCUGGAUUUUCUCUGAGACAAGCCCACCCGUCCAGCAAAAUAGAGUCCCUCAGGGUGACAGUUGACUUCCUGAAGGUGCCUCUUGGCCUAAAGAAGCCGGUGCUGAAGGAGGUGGCUGUGGGGCCCCCCAAGAGGCCCCAGCCUGCGGCCCUGGAGCGCUACAAGGCGCGGCGUUCAGACGCCAUGGACACCGAGUCCCAGUACUCAGGCUAUUCCUACAAGUCGGGCCAUUCCCGCAGCUCCCGCAAGCACAGGGACCGCCGGGACCGACACCGCUCUAAGAGUCGAGAUGGGAGCCGAGGGGACAAGUCGGUGACAAUCCAGGCUCCCGGGGAGCCCCUGCUGGACAAUGAGUCCACACGAGGGGAUGAGCGGGAUGACAACUGGGGGGAAACGACGACAGUAGUAACGGGCACCUCAGAGCACAGCAUCUCCCACGAUGACCUCACACGCAUCGCCAAGGACAUGGAGGACAGUGUCCCUCUGGACUGCUCCCGUCACCUAGGUGUGGCGGCGGGGGCCACCCUGGCACUGCUGUCUUUCCUCACGCCGCUGGCCUUCCUGCUGCUGCCCCCACUGCUGUGGCGGGAGGAGCUGGAGCCUUGCGGGACGGCCUGCGAGGGCCUCUUCAUCUCCGUGGCCUUCAAGCUGCUCAUCCUGCUGCUGGGCAGCUGGGCUCUGUUCUUCCGCCGGCCCAAGGCCUCGCUGCCCCGCGUCUUUGUGCUGCGCGCCCUGCUUAUGGUGCUGGUUUUCCUGCUCGUGGUCUCCUACUGGCUCUUCUAUGGCGUGCGCAUCCUGGAUGCUCGGGAGCGCAGCUACCAGGGCGUGGUGCAGUUCGCGGUGUCGCUGGUGGACGCCCUUCUUUUCGUGCAUUACCUGGCUGUGGUCCUGCUGGAGCUGCGCCAGCUCCAGCCUCAGUUCACGCUCAAGGUCGUGCGCUCCACCGACGGCGCCAGCCGCUUCUACAAUGUUGGCCAUCUCAGCAUCCAGCGUGUGGCAGUGUGGAUCCUGGAGAAGUAUUACCAUGACUUCCCUGUCUACAACCCUGCCCUCCUCAACCUGCCCAAGUCCGUCCUGGCCAAGAAAGUGUCUGGCUUCAAGGUGUAUUCCCUCGGAGAGGAAAACAGCACCAACAACUCCACUGGCCAGUCUCGGGCUGUGAUUGCAGCGGCAGCUCGGAGGCGGGACAACAGUCACAAUGAGUACUACUAUGAGGAGGCUGAGCAUGAGCGAAGGGUGCGCAAGAGGAGGGCCAGGCUUGUAGUGGCGGUGGAGGAGGCCUUCACUCACAUUAAGCGGCUGCAGGAAGAGGAGCAGAAGAACCCCAGGGAGGUGAUGGACCCCCGGGAGGCAGCCCAAGCUAUCUUCGCAUCCAUGGCCCGUGCCAUGCAGAAGUACCUUCGGACCACCAAGCAGCAGCCCUACCACACCAUGGAGAGCAUCCUGCAGCACCUUGAAUUCUGCAUCACGCAUGACAUGACGCCCAAGGCCUUCUUGGAGCGAUACUUGGCAGCUGGACCUACCAUCCAGUACCACAAGGAACGCUGGCUGGCCAAACAGUGGACAUUGGUGAGCGAGGAGCCAGUGACCAACGGGCUCAAGGAUGGCAUCAUUUUCCUCUUAAAACGCCAGGACUUCAGCCUGGUGGUCAGCACCAAGAAGGUCCCAUUCUUCAAACUCUCCGAGGAAUUUGUGGAUCCCAAGUCGCACAAGUUUGUCAUGAGGCUGCAGUCUGAGACCUCAGUGUGACUGUGCAACAGCAGGGGGAGUGGGAAACUCGGGGGCUCCUGAGGGGGUGGGAGCGGGCUUGGUUCUCAGGCCCAGCCACAUUCCUGCCACCCUUCUUCUUCUUGCUCUUUUCUUUUUUUUUUUACUUGAAUUAACGUACCCCCACCUUCUCUCCUUGCUUCUUCCUUAUUUUACCCCAUGUGAACCUGGAGAGACCAUCCUGCUGUCAACAGUACCUGGGAAGGACCCCCCCACACCCCCAGUAACUUUUGUAUUACUCUAGGCCUGCAGGAAUCAGUGCCUCUCUCCUUCUUUCCCUAGUCUUUUCCCAGAUUACAGUCUCUCCUGAAAUGGCACAGGCCCUGCUGAUUGUACCUUCCCCUCCUGAGACCUGACUCACAAACCCGAGUUCUUACAGCAUUUCUCUUCAGUGGCCCAACAGGGUUUCUCUGGGGCACAUGGACAUGACUCUGGAGAGCCACAGUGCCAAACUCCUCCAGGGCAGCAACUGGCCCUCCUGUCCCUCACCCCAGUCACAACAAACCCUGGGUUCGAGGGCAGGGAUACUCCUGCCACGCAGCCCGAGUUAGAAAUCUCCUUGCUAGGAGCAUUUGCUUCCACAUAUAUUUAGAGCAAAGAAGGAUCCCAUCCCUUUCCCAGAAAUCUCCACCUAAUGUUUUUGGUUUGUAUGGUCAUGUGACCAUAGGCAAACAAGUGGAAACCCUCUGUGACCACUAUUCCAGGGACUUAGGGGAAGGUACCUUUCUUCCAAUGUGUCUUUCCUAGGUAGCCCCUGAGGAGGAGGGCUGAAUAGAUCCCUGAGGUUUUGGAGAGACCCCCAUCACUGACUCCUGCUCCCUGACCCUACCCUCACUUUCGUCCCCACUCUUCCCAGUGAAGGAUGGUAUGUAGACUCCUGUACAGACUUAGUGGCUUGCAGACCCUGACCUGGCCCCUGUGGUCUUAGACAAAUGUUUUUAUUUUUGUCACCAGCCACCCCUGUCCUGCUGCCUUCUCUCGACUCCAGAGACCUGUUGCCUCAUCUCUUUUUGGGGAAGAGCCGGCAGCUCCUCCUCAUCCCCUGCCUUAAGUCCAGUUCUUUGCCUCAGGGGUCUCGUUUCCUUGGCCUUCCAGGGUCCCCACCGCUUUUCUCCCUGCCUGAUUCUCUGAGCUCUGGGCUCCGUCUAUGUUGGGUUGAGGGACAAGGAUUACUGCCUUUUGUAGGUACUUCACCCCUCACCCCAUUUUAGCUUCCAUAGUCUUUGCACCAAAUUCAAAUUUUUGAUAAUUUAAAUCUCAUUUUGGGCAAAAUUUGCUGGCCGUCUAAUAAAUAUUUUCAAUAUAAAUCUGAGACUUUGACUCAGACAUUUUUGCCAAGGAGAAUAGAUUAGGAAGUACCCGUAUGCAUCCAGCCAGGAUCCACAUGGAGGACCUUUCCGAUGGCUGCAAUGACUAGGCCAUUCCUCUGAGUAACUCACAGUGUCCCUUUGUAGGCCCUUCUUUUCCCUAAAAGACUCGUUGGUACUUACCUUGCAGAGCACAUCCUGGGAUAAGAUCCCCAGAGUCUCACCUGGGAGUCUCCCCCUCUGUGUAGCGCCAGCCCUGGGAAUGAUGGAGCCUAGUGAUCGGGGUUUCUCCUGCUGUCCUUUCUGCAAAAGUUCACUUGUUUACCCACCACAUGCUAGAGAGGGGCUCAUUGGCCAAUGCUUACCUUGUCCCCAAAGGGGUGGGUUGUGGAGCUCACUUAGGCAGGGCCUCUGGCUGGGGCCAGGGUUACGAGAUAGGCCUGUAUGAAAUACGUCCUGUUCUGGGGGUCUGUCUCUUUUCUUCUCUUCAAAAACUUUGUGUCAGAGGAGUCCCUUCUGAGUCACAUAAAUACCUCACUAUCCUGGAAAACAGGGCCUGGAUGGUGACUGGGGUCAUUGCCUUUGUGGACAGGAUGGAGUGUGGUGUGGUCUGAGGAACAGGUUGGGGUGGGGGAGAGGGAAAGGAUUUGGGAUCUUAGUUGCUGCCCUAGGUUAGGGGCUGGGGAGUGUUUAUUUUAAGAUCCUGCCAUGAUUUUAAUCACUGUGAUUUUUUUUCAUUCCCCUUUCCUAAAAAAAAAAAGAAUUUUUUCCUCCAACUCUCUAAGCACUAAGGGCUGUGCCUGAGAAUGGUAGCAUUUUGGUCUUUUGCUUCAGAACUGUGGUAUCUUUGUCUUCUUUCAUUAUUAUUAUUAUUAUUAUUACUAUUGUUUUUUAAAAUGUCAGGAUGAAUUGUCAGACAUAUGGCCAUGUGUUUGUCCUCUGCUUCUCCUCUGUGGGAAGUUGUCUCCAUGCUGUGAACUGCUGUGGGGUGUGCAGCUGACUCAGUCCCUCUGAGCAGUUUCCCCACUGUGUCUGUCCCAUCAUGCGCUGGAUCUGCUCAUUCUCCUGCUGUGGGGGUGUGCCCACCUCUUACCCCCUUGACACCAUAGGGCUGCUGUGGCUGGGCCUCGCCAGCACUGUCAUUUGUGUGACUCAUGGCAUCCUCGUACAUCCCCACCGUGCCUAGCAGGCCUUCCUUUUCACCACCUUGGAACGCUUGCCUUUCCUCCCUCCACACCAGGACGCUGUGCCUCGGUCCUUCACCUACCUCGCCACUCUGCCACUGUCCCCAUUGGUCCUUUCUCCUAAACUGGUCUUUGUGCUCUCUUUGUUUUUUCUUGUUUGUUUCCCUCUUGUCUCUCAUCUUUUCUUCCCAUUCCCCUCCCAUUUCAGCCCUUAACUUUUCUCUUUCCCAUCUCCACUCAGUAUUCCAAUGGCAAACCCUGAUGUAACACCUGUGAUGAGACAUCGGACUCUCCAGAACUUUCUCAUCUGACACGUCUUUUUCCCAGGGUUCGUACUUCUCUUCUCCUCCAUUGGUCCCAGGCGAACACCCCUGUUCCUCUGUGGUGUCUGUCAGUCUGUCUGUCUUCUCCUUCCUCUGCCCUUCCCACGGGGCAGUAUCUGCUGAUGGAUUCAGUCCUGGUGUGUGAUUGUUGUGAUUUGUUCUUCUGUGCGCAAAAGGAAGAGGGCUCUUUGAGUCCCUUCCAAGUGAGAUUGUAAAUGUAGAAUUUUCCACUGUUGGAUCUAGAUUUUUUUUUCCUUUUUUGGGGGGGGGUUACAGAGCUGAGACCUUGUGCAUGCAUGUAGAAAAUUGUAAAAUGUAAAUUUUUUUUAAUAUAUAAAGAGCUUGUUUCUACAGUUUGCAGUGGAUCUAAACAGUACAGCAAUUUUAGGGUUUUUUUCUUAAACAUAGGAACUAAAACUGUACAAAUUUUUUUUAUAUAAAAUAAAGACAUUUGACUUUUGUGGGGG